AUGGGAAUAGAAUAAUCAACAUAAAAAGCGAUUCCAGAAAAACUAUGCUAUUUUUUUGGUUUCCCCAAUGUUUUAUUGAGUUACAACACAGUCAAGGAUGAAUUCACGAGAAGUCAGACUCCGUAAAUAGUUUUAAAAAACAUGGCAUGUGUUUAGGUAAAUGAGAGCACGGUUUAUCUAAGUGGUGGAAUCGAUGAAAACUAUUAAGAGGUUAGCAAUAAUGUUUAUCGAUACAAUGUGGAGGAGAAUAUCUUUAGGAACCUCCCUUCAAUGAACAUUCCAAGAUAUACACAUUAACUAAUCUAUAACAAAUACGAUCAAAAACUAUAUGCUUUGGGAGUAAGGACUAUUGUAUUAAUAGGUUAGGGACGAUCAUAUGGUUAAGGAAGCGAAGGCAUUUUGAAUAGUUGUGAAAGCUAUGACUUUUAGAAAGGCAAAUGGGAAAUGAUUGCCCCCAUGAAUUGUCGUCGUGCAACAUUCUUUUCCAUAUUGUUUGAAUAGAAAAUAUAUGUCUUCGGUGGAUACACUGAUGUAAGAAAGAGAUCCAAGAAAAUUGAGAAAUAUGAAAAUAGUUAAUGGGUCAUAUUGGAGUUAAAAUUACAUUACGGCGUAGAAUAGGGAGUGUUGUACCAGAAUGACAAGAAGGAAUUAUUCAUUUUGGGUGGAUAAUCAGCUGAAGGCAUUAUUGAUAACCAUCAAGUGGUUGACUUUACAAAACAGAUCUCCUACAUCGGUAAGACCAGUAAUCAGAAACCAAGAGUGUUGUAGAAGGGGAUUUAGAUUGAGAAUUAUUCAGUGUAGUUUUUUGGGAGUGACACUUUAUCUGUGGAGAGAGGAGACAUUUCCAAUUUGGAACUUCGAACUUACAAAAAUAAAGUGUUUAAUUCAAUUACUAAUGAGAGUUUGAAGGAAUUCAGCAUUGCUGAUUACACUUUUGAGUUGGGAGUGAUUUAGAAGCAGAUCAUCUCUUACAUUGUAAUUAUAUAGGAGGAGGCCAUUUACAGGAUUAAUAAGAAUUAUUUUAAGGAUCAGAAUUAAUCAAAAUAAUAAAAAUUUAAAGAUUAUAUUUAAUCAACUACGAUAUUAUCGAAUAAGAUAUUUUUAUAUUCUGGAGCUCUACUCUUGAAAGAUGGUAGUCUCAUCAUUAUGGGAGGAGUGAACAACCAGAUGAAUUAAAUAAGUAAUGAAACUAUCAAAUUGGAAUCUAAUUUCAAUCAAAUUACUAAAUUAGCCAAAAUGAAUUAAGCUAGAUAUGCCUUCAGUUAUGCAUUGGUAGAUAACUACAUAUAUGUUGCUGGAGGCAGGAAUUACGGUAAUGAUGAUUAAGGCAUUUUGGAUUCCUGUGAGAGAUAUCACAUCAAUAAUAAUCAAUGGGAAGUGCUUCCAAAGUUAAAUGAAAAGAGAUGCAGUUCUUUUAUGAUCCAACACAAUGGCAGAGUGCUGGUUGCAGGAGGAUUUAACACAUUCAAAACAAGAAUCAACACAAUUGAGAUCUACAAUCCAGAUUUCAAAUGUUGGGAGAUGUUAGGAAUCACUCUAUAUAGUCCAAUAGAGGCUUGCACAUUUAUUUGCAGAUCGAACUAGAGUAAUUUGGAUUUCAUCACUUUUGGUGGCAGAUAGGCUUAGGAUAUUGACACUGUGAUUAAAUACUCUAUUGAUUUCGAUUAGCCCAUUGAUCAUCAGAUUGGUAAUUGUUAACAAUUGUAAAGUCUAAAGUUCAAGGGCUCUCUGUUGUAAUAAAUUAGCAUUGAUAACUAAUUGUUCAUAAUCCACCAGAAUGGAUAGCAAAUAAAUAUGAACUCCUAUUAUACAAGUACUAUGUAAUUAAUUGAAACUGAUAUCAAUUAACAAUUAAUGGAAAUACUACAAGAAUUAAAAGUAAGUAACUUGGGCAAAUUAUUAAUAAUUGAUUGA